AUGGAGCGUCGAAAGUCCUCGACGCCUCACUACCAAACCUUUCCUACCCCACCUCCCAAAUCGCGGGGACGACCGCCGAUUUCUCCUACGAGUUCAUCAGGCCAAGAUGGCUAUGCGAACCCCCCGAAUCACGAUGGAGCAGCAGACCAAGACCACCAAAACUCUCCAUUACCCAAGAAGCAGCUUGCGAUGCUGGCGGUGAUUGCGUUGGCCGAGCAAACGGCCCUCAAUUCAAUAUCCCCAUACCUCCCAGAGAUGACCUCAACCUUCCCCGAAGUCGAUCCUUCACAAAUAGGGUUAUAUGUUGGCACAAUUGCAUCUUCGUUUGCGCUCGCGCAGUUUGCGACGAACUUUUUCUGGGGAUGGCUGUCAGACAGGAUAGGGAGGAAGCCUGUGGUUAUGCUUGGCACAGUUCUCACUGCUGCAUGUUUCGUCGCGUUCGGGUUCUGCAAGACAUUAUGGCAGGCGGUUUUGGUGCAAGCACUCAUGGGUCUGGUCAAUGGGAAUCAAGGAGUUAUAAGCACAUGUUUAGGGGAGAUUACGGAUCGAAGUAAUCAGAGCAAGGCCUUUGUGUACCUGCCGGUCAUAUAUGGCAUUGGAGGGAUCACAGGACCAGCUGUUGGAGGAUUGCUGGUAUUCCAGAACAAUCCAUUGAUGAAAGGGAAGAAAAAUCCCUACCCGUACUUAUUGCCGAACCUUUUUUCUGCCACGAUCCUGUUGAUCGAUCUGGUCCUCACCGGUUUCUUCCUCGAAGAAAGUCUAGAGGAAGCGAGGGAGCUCCCUCCACUCGAGAAACGAAUUAAGAACCUCUUCAGCUGGUUGUGGCAAUUCACAGGUGGUGCGUGGCAUCCGACAUAUAUUCGACACCAGGUCCAUCGUGAUUCUAGACCUCGAGUUGAUGGGGCGAUUGGAGAAGAGACUGAAGAUGAAUCUACGCCAGAUGGCAGCGAUGCCCAGUCACUCCUUUCCGUGCCUGAAAUGUUCUCAAAUAACAACCAUCAUCUCAGUAGCAAGGAGAUCUUCAACCGCGACACAAUACUCCUCUUGGGCACUUACUUAGUUUUCCAACUCUCCAACAUCUCGUUCAACUCGCUGUACCCAAUAUUUGCGUCUGCCCGCGAACCCACAGGUCGAGAGCUAUCCCCAGAAGAAAUCGGCUUGUCUCUCUCCUUCGCGGGAAUAGUAACAAUUGUCUUCCAAGUUGGUAUAUUCGGUAAACUUAAAGAGAAAAUGGGCAACAAGCGAACCUACCGAGCAGGACUUUUCCUCUUCUUUCUUUCGAUGAUGAUGAUGCCCUGGGUGGGACAUCGGAGUUCAACUGGUAUAGGAUCCGGGAAGGUGUGGUUGUGGAUCGAGCUGGGAUUUGUGUUGCUUGUGAAGACGGUGGCGGCUGUUGGAGGGCUGACCAGUGCGCUGCUUCUGAUCACAAACUCAGCUCCAAAUCACUCCGUGCUUGGGACACUAAACGGCCUGGCCCAAACUCUCUCCGCUGCUGGCAGAGCAGCAGGUCCUUUUCUCUCUGGAGGACUCUUCUCACUAGCAACGAGGGUACGACCCAAGGGUGAAGCUCUCGCAUGGGGAACCUUUGGCGGUAUCGCGUUCCUUGGUUGGAUCGUGAGUUUUGGGAUUAGGGGUGAGGGACUAGAGAGCGCGGAGUGGGAUGAGGAGAGCGGGAGCUUAGAAGAUGAGGAUGAUGACGAAGAAGGUGGUGGGGUUGGACGGUGA